CCGAUCCGAUGAUGGAUGUCAAUGAUGUCAUGUCAGUUGUUUUAUGUUUGUAGAAAAUAGUGUACUUAAAAUAAAUCUAUACGAGUAUUUAUUUUAAAAGAAUGAAUUGUUUGUAAUACUAAAUUUCAGUUCCGGUUACUUGUAAUGUAGAGGCAGUUCAAUAACAGUCAUGUCUCACAUUAACGACUUGAUAGGCGUAUUGAGAGGUCUUCGGUUAGUGGUGGAAGCGGGGGUCAAGGCACAGGCUGAAGCAUCUACCCUAAUAUGGAACACCUCUAGCUUAAAGCCAUUGCUGUCCAACUGCCCGACUAACCUAUUAGCCAUGAACCCCAACCCACCAUCCGCUAAAGAGUUAAUGGAGAGGGCGUUUGUAGUCGCACAUGGCUUUAGACAGUUUGCGGCUAUGCAUGUCCCAAAUGUGAAUGCCUCUACAGCAAGCCCUGAGAUGGAUCAACAGAUGAAAGACGAAAUUGACGAGCUGAACAGGGAGUUCAACAGGACAUUUGAUACUUUGAAAAAAGUUCAGACAAUGGAAAACUCAGCUGCGGUUUCUGCCAAAACCAAUGAAUUCCGGCAGGAUAAAGUACAGAUAAUGGCACCUAUUGAGGAUUUACAAAAGCAAUUGAAAGAAGACAAAGAAAAGAGAGCUGAUGAUAUUCUUCUGGCGGUUACUUCUGCUGAAUCGGCGGCAGAUGUGCCUAGUCCCAGGCCAAAGAGUCAAGCUGGCCUUGCAUCGCCGACGCCUGUGUCCCAAUCUGUGUCCGCAUCGCCGAAGCCUGUGGCUAAGAAAAAGAUUAGAGUUGCUUUAAGCGAGAAUUCGAAAGCCCGCGUUGUGCCUUCUUCCCGCCUCGGCCGUAUGUUUUCAUUUGGAUCGCUGGCAGCGGGACUUGGGGUAGGGACAGUUGCUCAAUACGCUCGGAACACGUUCCAGCAGGUGACUGGUAACGUUGACGAGUCCGCCAACUCGUUCCUGUCUCCGGCAAACGCGGAGAGGAUCGUCGAUACGCUUUGUAAAGUCAGAGGUGCUGCUCUAAAGCUUGGCCAACUGCUAAGCAUUCAAGAUGACUCGAUGAUAUCUCCAGAGCUGCAGCGUAUUUUCCAACGCGUGCGCCAGUCUGCCGACUUCAUGCCGUCGUGGCAGGUGGAAAAGGUCAUGAGUUCACAACUUGGGCCCGAGUGGAGGCACAGGGUCGCGAGCUUCGAGGACAAGCCAUUUGCUGCUGCCUCUAUUGGUCAAGUCCACCUGGCGGUGCUACACGACGGCAAGGAGGUAGCAGUCAAGGUCCAGUACCCAGGCGUCGCUAAAGGGAUCAACAGCGAUAUCGACAACCUCGUGGGAGUUAUGAAGGUAUGGAACAUGUUUCCCAAAGGGAUGUUCAUAGACAACAUAGUGGAGGUUGCUAAGAAAGAGCUGUCAUGGGAAGUGGACUACAUACGUGAAGCCGAAUGCACCAAGAAGUUCAAGAAACUGCUCGCUCCCUACCCGGAGUACUUCGUGCCUGAUGUUAUUGACGAGUUAUGUGCCCCAGAGGUAAUAACAACUGAACUGAUUGACGGAGUGCCGCUAGACAAACUGUUUGACGCAGCGUACGAAGUUCGCGUUGAUAUAGCCUACAAGAUCAUGCAGUUGUGUCUCCGAGAAAUGUUUGUACUGCGGUGCAUGCAAACUGACCCCAACUGGGCCAAUUUCUUCUACAACCCGACUACUAAACAGGUGAUUCUACUGGACUUCGGAGCCACCCGGGAGUAUUCGAAAGAGUUUAUGGACCAGUACAUUGAGAUCAUUCACGCGGCGUCUCUGGGUGACAGGGAUGCUAUACUGCGGAUGUCAAAGGAGAUGAAGUUCCUGACUGGUUAUGAAUCUAAGAUGAUGGAACAGACGCACGUGGACACGGUGAUGAUCAUGGGCGAGGUGUUCACGGGCGGCGGCUUCGACUUCGGCACGCAGCAGACCACGCGCCGCAUCCACGCGCUCGUGCCCACCAUCCUCGCGCAGCGCCUGUGUCCGCCGCCCGAGGAGAUCUACUCGCUGCACCGCAAGCUGUCCGGCGUCUUCCUGCUCUGCGCCAAGCUGCGCGUCAAGCUGGACUGCACCGCCAUGUUCCAGGAGAUCUACCAGCAGUACAAGACCGACAGCUUCAGAUAGACCUUAGCGUCCGUGGCUCAGGCGUGGUCCCACUUCACCUACACGGUCUUCAACGGCGACUUCAUCUCUAACUUCAAGUAAUUCAUCGUACAUGUUUUUUAUAAGUGUGUGCUAACCUCAAAGUGCCUCUGUGCCGCUCAAAUACAUUUUGUGAGUGGCUGCGUUCAGUUGAGAUUAUGUGCCCUCAAACUUUUGAAAGGGACACCCGCAUAAUGUGACAGUCCAGGUUAAGAAAUAUUGGAUAAGUGAUGUGUAGGAACAUUGAAGCUGCAAUGUAAAUGCAUUUUAUAAAAUGGAGGAACCCAAAGGCCCAAGGCCGGGCGUUACAGGGCUAAUUUGGUCGUAAGUUAGAGUACCUGGGUGGGUUUUAGGCUACGUUCAGAUGAGAAGCGCACAACACGCGUUUACAACUAGGUACAUACAUUUUAUUGAUUCUGUACACAUUUUGUACUAUACUGUACACACUGUACGCCUGUGCCCAGCAGUGGGACGUUAAAAAGGCUGUAACAGUAUUAUAUUAAUAGUCUAUUUCAUAGUCAUAUUUUUUACAUAAAGAAUUUCGAAUAUCGAUAUUGAAACACACGAUGCAAAGCUCCGCGCAUCACAGGACAUCAUUACUAACUUCAAUAAAAAUAAAAAAAACUCGUUAAAUUAUUUGAUUAUUGUAUUUGAGUGUAACUUGAACUGGUACAAUGUCUUCAUCGGACUCGGAUUAUGAUAUUUACGGAAAUAUAACACAAAAACUACAGGCACUAAAAAACAAAGAGGUUGAAACUGCUGUUACGAGCGACAGAACUGACAUCGGUCCAAGUAGCUCAACCAAUUGCUUUUUACUUAUAAUGAUAAGAUAUUAAAAAUGAACGAUACACCGGAUUCUAUAAACUAUAAUAUUGCUAAGUUUAUUGAUGGAGGUAUUGUUAAUCAGGAUGUGCGAAAGUUAAUUGCGGGGAAUAAUGAAAAUAAUGAAUCCAGUGGCUUUAAAUUAAAAUUCCAAUGUCAAAAUAAGAAGAAACCGUUUGAAACAUUUAUGAAUCCUCAUGAGAAAUUAAUGUUGGCUAUGAUAAAAUGUGCAGAGCAUUUAGAAACACCUUUAGAGAGACUGAAGUUUUAUUUCGAUGGAGAUUUAAUAUCAAGUAACAACAUAAACAUGAUUUGAUAAUGCAUAAUUAACACAAAUUACGCAGUCGCAGAUAGCCUACAAAGCCGUCAGCACAGCUGCGACAGCAAUGCCGGCGCCGAGGAAGCCCGCGCAGGCCUAGGAAACCUAUCUGUUAUAAGGAGAAGCCACUGAAAACUGAACUACGGAAUCUCGAGGUUCAAAAUGCCGAUCUAUUGUAUCCAUAAAGUAUACAAGUUCGAUAUACGUGACAUAGUAUGUUUGCCAAGACGAAGUAUUGUAUUGAAAUGAACUGAAAAUAUUUAAAUGAAAAUAUUGGGAAUGUUCAUGAUCCUGAUGUACGGAAUAUCGAAAAUUUUGGAAUCAUAGCAUACAUUCUAAGUCACGUAUAACGAACUUGGGUAGUUUAUGGAUCCAGUACAUCAGCAUUUAGAACUUGGAGAUUCCGUAGUACAGUCGCCACUGAACACUAAACUAAGAAGUGAUUAAUGCUGUUAUUCAAGCAAUUUAUAUCUUUAAUAUUACAAUUUAUAAUCUGUAGACAGGAGCUCUAACAUUGUGAAUUUCCUAAACUUGGCCUUGGGCUCGAUGGGUUUCUCCUUUACGUUCUGAAUGUUGGCAACUGUAGUACUUAUAGUGGAGCUAAAUAAACAGUACAUUUUGUUGCGAUUUACAACGAAACGGGUGAUAUUUAUUAGAAGAAAGUUAUGUUAUCUUUAAAUUGAUUUAGUCUAUAAAGCAUUUUGUUUUUGUUACCAUUUUUUGUAUCUUUAUACCAAUAGGUAUAUUUUAUAUCAAUGUUACACUAGUAAUUUAAAUAAACUAAAUUAAUAAACUGCGUACAACAGACAACAAUAUUUUUAAGUAGGUACCUAAACUUGUACAACAUAGAUUUUAUACAAAGUACAUUUGACCAAACGCGUUUAGACAGACUUGAAGGUUGUGAUACACAGAUUGUACUAAAAAAAUAUCUUAAAAAUAAUAACGUGAAACGUCAGCUAAUAUGUUAAAAUACACUCUUUUGCAAAAAAAACAGUCACCUAUGCGAAAUCUUGGUUUUAAGGACUUCGCACAGGUGCCCGCUUUUUUUGCAAAAGAGUUUAUAUUCUACUGAUUCUACAGAUAGUUUCUAAAAUUUUCUGGCCUAAGUUCAUGACCAAUUUAAAUAACAUCGUCCAUUUUUGUGUUGACAGUAGACUAAUUAAAAACUUCCCUUACAAUUCGGGAUGCGUCAAAACUAAAAAAAUGCUCAUCUUUUGCAUUUUCAGUUUUUUUUUUUUCAAUUUCAGUAACGUAAUUGCAUGAUAGCCGAUGUAAGCAUUAAGGCAGACCACUGAGAAAUAUUACAAUAUAUCUAUUUAUUUGAAUGUUUACUUCGAAGGUGCUAAUGGUAAACUCUGAGGAGUUGCACAAAUGAUUUCUUGCUCUGUAUUCAUGAAUUUGUAAAACUUCGUACAGAUUAGAGUGGUUUGUAACACAUUACCAAAGAGGGAAUUUACAAAGAGGGAUCCGACUAUUAUAACAGUCUAUGUUAAGGAGAAGCAGUGUACAUUAAAACCUAUAACAGUUUUUAUUUAUUAGGGUCGAUUUAUACUAGCGCAUAGUCGAAGCGUACGAAGCGUCAAAUUCUUUACAACUAAAGCGAAGCCGCACGAUUGCGAGUGACUCCAUCGUUAUCAACACUGACGCAGGCCAAUUUCCGAUUGAUGUCGCGCAGGCUCGCUAGUGUGUUGACGGGCAGACUCGCGAAUUCUGAAGAAUGCGCGGAACUUUUUUAAAUCUCAGAGGUAAUGUGUGCCUUACGCUGUGGUGUUACGGUUGAAUUCGUUAUGUCCAGUUUUGAAAAGUCGCUUCGAUGCGCUUCGACUCUGCUCUAGUAUGAAUUGACCCUUAUUUUUUGCCGUUUUCGAAAUACAAAGUAUUUUGAGAUUAAGCAGUAGUGGUAUUUCUCGAUUUAAAUAUAUAUGUGUCGUAUAAUAAAUAACAUUUUAACGUAUGGAUAUUGAUGUCGAAGUAAUUACAUGUUCUUUAAAAACCUGAGCCACGAAUGUUUCCAGUUGAACUACCUCUUCUAAAUCUAUCUUAUAAGGCUAAAUUGUGAUCGUAUUUGAAAUUUAGUAUUAGCGUUGUGUAGAAACACUGUUUGUAAAAUAAUUGUUAAUUCUAUAGCUUAAUAAACUCGUUGUGGAAUA